CUUUACACACAGACACCAGCUCUCAGACAGACAGGUGGUGCCUGAACUCAGCCAGCUGGGAGUCAAGGGAAGGAAAAAGGAGGAAUUUGGGGAGUGGCGUUUUUAAAGCUUCCUCUUCCUCUUCGUACGUUCAAAGAAAAGGGGCCUUUAGCUGUAUUUUCUCAGGGUUGAGUGGGGAAGCUUCUGCUUCUAGUGCUGGUUCAUGUGUGGGCCUGAUAGUUAGUGUCAUCCCAGAACAGACUAAGGGAGUAGUUCUGUUGAUGCAACCUCAAAGGAAAAAUUUCAAACCCUGCUGUUGGAGCAGAGGACGAAAGAUGAGGCGAGGCUGGAGAACUGUGCAGUCAUGAGGCAGUGACGCACAUGGACGAGAUGGGUUAAGCAGUCCCUGUGCUCCAUUUGAAUGUCCAUCACUAUGGCUAAGCGUGAGACCGGCAGCACCAGCCCUGUGGUCCGGCAGAUAGACAAGCAGUUCCUGGUCUGCAGCAUCUGUUUAGACCAUUAUCACAACCCCAAGGUCCUGCCCUGCCUGCACACCUUCUGUGAGAAAUGUCUUCAGAACUACAUCCCUCCUCAGUCUUUAACACUGUCCUGCCCCGUAUGCAGACAGACCUCGAUUCUCCCGGAGAAGGGCGUGGCAGCCCUGCAGAACAACUUCUUCAUCACAAACUUGAUGGAGGUAUUACAGCGAGACCCAGAGUGCAGCCGGCCCGAGGCCGGUAAUGUUCUGGAGUCAGCCAGCGCAGCUACAGCCUGUCAGCCGCUCUCUUGUCCCAACCAUGAGGGCAAGGUGAUGGAGUUUUACUGCGAGUCAUGUGAGACAGCCAUGUGUCUGGAGUGUACAGAAGGAGAACACAGGGAACAUGUGACGGUUCCUCUGAGGGACGUGCUGGAGCAGCAUAAGUCAGCUCUCAAAAACCAGCUGGACACUGUUCGCAAUAGACUACCUCAGCUGACGGCUGCCAUAGACCUUGUGAAUGAGAUCUCCAAACAGCUUACAGAACGAAAAAAUGAUGCCGUGACAGAAAUCAGUAACACUUUUGAUGAGCUGGAGAAGGCUUUACACCAACGCAAGACUGCUCUCAUUACUGAGGUGGAAAACAUCUGCAGCACCAAGCAGAAGGUGCUUCAAGCCCAGCUGAGCUCUUUGCUUCAAGGCAAAGAGAACAUUCAGAGCAGCUGUAACUUCACAGAGCAGGCUCUGAGCCAUGGCAGUGCUACGGAGGUCCUGCUGGUGCAGAAGCAGAUGGGGGAGAGGGUCAGUGCUCUAGCAAGACACACCUUUCCUGAGCAACCCCAUGAAAAUGGACACCUGGAGUGCCAAGUAGAGACGGAUGGACUGAGGCGCUCCAUACAGAACCUGGGAGUCCUGAUCACAACAGGAGCUGUAGGUCACACUAGCGUUGCCACAGGAGAAGGCUUACGGCAUGCGCUCGUCGGCCAGCACACCACCGUCACAGUCACUACUAAAGAUAAAGAUGGAGAGCUGGUGAAGACUGGGAACGCUGCUCUGAGGGCAGAUAUUGUCUCUGUAGACGGAGCUUGCACUGAAGCCGAGGUGGUGGACAACAAGAACGGCACCUACGAAGUGGGAUACACGAUCCGCUCGGAAGGAGAAUUUACCUUCUCUUUGCUGCUGUACGAGCAGCCCGUGAGGGGGAGUCCUUUCCGUUUGCGUGCUGUGAAGCCGUCAGAUGUCCUGCAGUCACCGGACGACGUGAAAAGACGAGUGAAGUCACCUAGCGGAGGAGGAGGUCAUGUUCGACAGAAGGCUGUGCGCCGUCCCUCCAGCAUGUACAGCACCACGAAGAAAAAGGAAAACCCCAUUGAGGACGAGCUGAUCUACAGAGUAGGAACACGGGGGCGAGACAAAGGAGAGUUCACCAACCUUCAAGGAAUCUCGACCUCCAAUAAUGGAAGGAUUGUCGUUGCAGACAGCAACAACCAAUGUAUACAGGUUUUUUCAAAUGAUGGCCAGUUUAAGAUGAGGUUUGGAGUCCGAGGUCGUUCACCAGGGCAGCUGCAGCGCCCCACGGGUGUCACAGUGGACAUGAAUGGUGACAUAAUUGUAGCCGACUACGACAACAGAUGGAUCAGCAUCUUCUCCUCGGAUGGAAAGUUCAAGAACAAAAUAGGUGCUGGCAGGCUGAUGGGACCCAAAGGAGUGGCUGUAGACAAGAACGGACACAUCAUCACGGUGGACAAUAAGGCCUGCUGUGUUUUUAUCUUCCAAUCAAAUGGGAAGCUGGUGACAAAGUUUGGAGCCAGAGGGACUUCUGACAGACACUUUGCAGAAAAAAGUGGUGCAAACAUUGCACUGGAACAAAAGCUUAGUAAAUCUGGCCCUGUUUUCAGUCCUCACUUUGUGGCCGUUAAUAACAAAAAUGAAAUCGUGGUCACAGACUUUCACAACCACUCAGUAAAGGUGUACAAUGCAGAUGGGGAGUUCCUGUUUAAAUUUGGCUCCCAUGGAGAAGGGAACGGUCAGUUCAACGCUCCUACAGGCGUGGCUGUGGAUUCCAAUGGAAACAUCAUCGUUGCUGACUGGGGCAACAGUCGGAUCCAGGUGUUUGACAGCUCUGGCUCCUUUCUGUCCUACAUCAACACAUCAGCAGAUCCCCUUUAUGGCCCCCAGGGCCUGGCUCUCACCUCCGAUGGUCAUGUGGCGGUGGCAGACUCUGGGAAUCACUGCUUCAAGGUCUACCGCUACCUUCAGUAGGGACCUGAGACAGCCAUGUUCACCACUGAAAGCACUGACGACACAACUAAUGUAUUCCACAGGGUGCAAUGACCUUUACAACACAGCCUUUUAAUGUGCACAUCAGCUGAUCUCCUGAAUAUAAAUACGUGUCUAAUCUGGGGUUUACAGUCCUUCAGGUGUGUGUUUAAGGGUGUUUUUAAAGUUUGGCAAUGUAGCAUCCUUGGGACGUGUAAUGAACAUUUCUCUUUGGACUGGUUUUAGAUCUCAGUGAUGGUAUUUAAUAAACCCACCUUUGUGAGAGACCAGACAGGGUAGGAAAUAGAUUAAAGUAUUUAAUGAGCCAUAACUUGUCCAAAUGCAUGAAGUUUUAUUUAUCUUAAUGCCUAGCCAACAACACAAUGUACACAUCAGUUGCUUUUCUCAUGAACUAGUUAACGCUUCCAGUGAAUGAACAGUGCUGCGCUUCUCCAGCAAUGAAAUGUAUAACUUCUCAUAACUCACUUAAAAUGUCAUCACCAUCUGUGCAUUGAUUUGCUGUAUGUAUUGUAUAUACAUGAAUGUAUAUUGUGUAUAUUAGAUCACUCUGUAUGUACGUGCUAUGAUUUUGACACACAAAGCCUUUUGGCUUUUCAAAGAGCAGCAGUCAAGGACUCCAGGAUUUUAAAAAUGUGUGUACGGCAGCUGUUACAAAGUGUGCUCCUGAAACAUACUCAGCACAUGCUCAAAGGAAGCAGAGUGUCAUAUUUAUUGCUAAUGUAAACAGCACAAUGUUUGUUUUGUUAAUAUCUGUUGUUUUAAAGGGAGGAAAAAAAGAAAAAAAAAGCUAAUUUAAUUUAUUUUAUACACUAGCUCAGCCUUUACAAAUUAUUUUUCUAAAUUUAUGUACUUUUUUUCUUUAGAGCUUCACAAUUCAACUGGGGAAAGAAAUUUCACCCUAAAGCAGAAUUUAAUAUCCCAGAUAUCUGCAGAUCGUGCACAGGAGCAGCUCUCUUCAAAGCCACAACAAAAACAUUGAGAUGCAAUCAGAUAAAGUUUUCUGUUCAUAAAUACUGCCUUAACAUUAGGGCUCAUUGAAUUGUAUUAUCUGUUACAGUUUUAAAGCUUUACUGACUGAAGAGCUAUAAAUGACAAAUAUACACGUAUCUCAGGAAAUCCAUCCUAAUGAAAUAACCCCAUCAGUGUGACGACUUUAAAUGUCUUUGAUGGUAUCUUAUUUUGAAUGGGCGAGUAGGAGCUUUGUGUAAAAACUGCUCAUUUGUUGAGAUCCAGGAUCAUGGAAGUGUUUGGGAUGUUAAUUCUGUUUUACAGUGUUUUUGUUUUUGGCUUUCACAUAUAGGAAACAAUUACAACAUAAUUGUAUGAUAAUUAAUUAGAUUGGUGGUUCUCAACUGGUGGCUCUUUAAGGUGUGCCUGAGGAAAACUGCGGCAAAAAGUCUGAUCUAUGAAAACCUUAAGUCAGUGGUCUCCAAACUUUUUCUGCCGGGUAGAUGGCAGAUGAAAAUAUUUUCGAGCCCCCCUACCCAUAACUGUAUGCAGCAUGCAAUGUAACAAAAAAAGAAGACAUACACAAUGUCAGUAAUUUUGUGGUUAAGGUCAUAUUUUUUUUUUACAUACUGCCUCAGAAUUUGAAUAAAUAACAUUAACUAUUGGUUUAGAGUCCCUGUAAAGUGAAAUCCAAACUGUGUCUUUACAAGGUUGCUGUAAACAUGUGUAAACACACAGAUCUGUGUGUGACUGAAUCUUUGAUUUGAACUGUUAAAAAGUUUUUCACCUC